GAAACCCAGGGAAGGGGAGAAAGUGAAAAAGGAAAGUCUAACACAGGAGGCUGCACUUCCCCAGUUUGUGAGGGGUUCAGCAUGUCGUCUUUUCUCGUCCCGAUGAUGCAGGAUGCAGAAGAUAACGAUAACCCAUCUUAUCUCAACAGGAAAAGGAAGUUGAAUGCCGUGCAAUUGGGUCUUCCCCUACCAAAGCAUAAUUGUUGGGUUCAUCCUGGUGAUGAGAAAAAUCAGGUGGGACACACAAUCAAUCAUGUACUCAAGGACAAUGCCGAGCAACAGGGGAAUUCCAUCGACAACAUGAUGUCUGAUUAUGAAUCUGCUAAUGAUAGCAACAGCUUUGUUGUCGAUUCACAUCCCUGUACCAUGUCAUCUAGUGAAGCUAAACCGCAAUCAGAGAUCACAAAUACAUGGCCGAGCAGCAGUCUAGCCUCUACUUCGUCGUUGAAUUGUUUUUCCGAGAGUUCUACACAGGAUCCUCAGUGUUCUUCAGAUCCUAGUAACGGGAAGGAACUCCCACAUCUUUAUUAUGACAGCCUUGAAGCAUAUGAUCACAAGGAUGGAAUGCUCGAAUAUGCUCAACAGUACUACAAGGGAGGAAAUAUCCCUCUCGAAGACGAUGAAGUGGAUGAUGUUCUUGGUUUGAAUGGAGCGAACUCUCAUGUUUAUGUCCUUUCAUCUGGAAGAUGGAGUGUUGACCAAGAUCCUCAGCCACAGGCCAGAAAGCCGACCAUUGAUCAAGAAUUCGAGCAAUACUUUUCUUCUCUCAUGCUGCAGUAGUAUCAUUUGCUGCACACCUAACUUCCCCUCCUACUUGUCAACUGUAAAAAUUCACUUGUGUUCGAGCUGCUACUGCUCACAAGCAUUAGCCAUCUGUUUUUCGCUUACCGCAGUUUCUGGCCCCAAAUAAUACUCUUGUUUUGUAGAAACUAUUUUUCUCAGAUUCCUGUCGCUUGAUUUUUCAUUUGUACCACAAAUGGGAGCUUGGAAGUUGGAACUUGGAACAAUGGAACUCAUUCUGAGAAGACAAGAACACCAAAAGCAAACUUCUCCCGU